CAGAAGAAAGAAUGAGCCACGCAGAAAGGAGGAAAAAAAAAGGCAAAUCUCCGCAUCCCGGCAUUCGAAGAAAGCAAGAAUUUUUCUGCGAGCAACGUAGGAAGAAGGCCACCGGCCGUCGGAAAGGGUAAAAGAAAGAGAUUUUGAGAUCAAAAAGCCAGGAUGUACCGCUUCAGCAACUCGGUGAUCGGGUGCCUGAACCUGUUGACGCUCCUGGCAUCGGUCCCGAUCAUCGGCGGCGGGCUGUGGAUGUCGAAGAGCUCGGCGACGUGCGAGUCGUCGCUGCAGACGCCGCUCCUGGUGCUGGGCUUCGUGGUGCUCCUCGUCUCCCUGGCCGGCUUCGUAGGCGCGUGCUUCAACGUGGCCUGGGCGCUGUGGCUCUACCUCCUCGUCAUGCUGCUCCUCAUCGGGACCCUCCUCGGCCUCACCGCCUUCGGCUUCGCUGUCACAGCCGGCGGCGGCGGGGUCCAGGUCCCUGGUCGCCCCUACCACGAGUACCGCCUCGACUACUACACCGGAUGGCUCCGCCGAAGGAUCACGGAGCGGCAGUACUGGAAGGCGGCGAUGGCAUGCGUCGUCGGGUCGAAGACCUGCGCCAAGAUCGCUCUCUGGACGCCUCUGGACUAUCUCCAGCGAGACCUCUCCCCGAUACAGUCGGGCUGCUGCAAGCCGCCGACAUCGUGCACCUACGGCGCCGGGGGGGUGGUGAUGGCGCAAGACGAGGACUGCUACCGGUGGAACAACGCAGCCAACGUGCUGUGCUACGCCUGCGACUCGUGCAAGGCUGGCGUGCUGGAGCAGGUGCGGAGGGACUGGCACAAGCUGUCCGUCCUCAACGUCGUCGUCCUCAUCUUCCUCAUCGCCAUCUACACCAUCGGCUGCUGCGCCUUCCGCAACGCCCGCCGCGCUGAAUCCGAGUAUCCCUACGAAGAGAACCGGAUGUCGAAGAUACGCCCCCGCUGGGACUACUUCUGGUGGAGGUGGUUGCGGGACAGAAGAGAACAGCUCUACUAGCGACUUUGUUGUCUUCUCCAUGCAGUCAGCCAGCCAGCCACCCAGCCCAUGGCUGUCAAAUAGUGUGUAAUAGGCGUAGGCUGUAUCGCAAGUUUGCAAGGUUCAGUUGUCUGUGAAGGAACGGAGCUGUCGAUGGUUGCAGCUUCAUGUUGUUGACAUAAAACAUCAGACUUGAUCUGUAACCUGUAUGAAAAUGUUUCACAAGUUGAUGCUGAGGGCCAUAAUAGCUGAUAGAGUGGAUAUGUAAUCUGUAUGAAAAUGUUUCUUCGUUUGUUGUAUGCGUGAAAGAGAUGAAUCGUCUCCAUCA